ACCAAGUAGAGCGACGUUACAACGACCCGAGUACAAAAAUACGCGGAGAAAAAAAUUGUCUCAGUUCUGCUUGACUUUAGAUAUACCGCAACUAUACCUGACUGGCACGUCUCCGUUUUACCGUAUAAAACAAUCAUCACUGUAUUUCAAAAAUUCUAAUAACGUGCUAAAACAAACAGUACGCGUGAUUGGUAUUUCAAACUCUAGCAAUCAUUAUGGAGAAAAUCUUCUACGUGUCUGUUUUUACACUGGGAACUUUCAGCUUGGUGGGGGCAGGCUGCCCCACUGUAUGUAAGUGCCCAGCAUUGGCUGCCAUCUGCCCCCCGGGGGUGAGCCUGGUGCUAGACAAGUGCAGCUGUUGCAAGGUAUGUGCGGCACAGCUGAACCAGGACUGCGGACCGUCGCGGCCCUGCGAUCACCACAAGGGACUGGAGUGUAACAAUGGCAACGGCGCCACCCACGAAAUCGGCAUCUGCAGGGCGAGGCAGGAGGGCCGGACCUGUGAAUUCAGAGGCAGCAUUUACCAGCAUGGUGAGAGCUUCCAGUCGGGCUGCAAGCACCACUGCACCUGUGUGGAUGGGGGGAUCGGAUGCAUGUCCCUCUGCCCAACCCUCAAACCCCGUGCCACGCUCUCUUGUCCCUUCCCCCGCCUGGUCAAGGUACCAGGGCAGUGCUGUCCUUCCCUUAAGUGCCACAAGGGGGUGCUAUCCCUGCCUCCAGCUGGUCAGCCGCCGUCUUCGUACCCGUACAAAAAGGACGAAGUGCUUGGCAAUGAGAUUUUGGAUCAUGGGAAAGACUGGGAGAAGAAGCGGACCUACAAACACCUAGGAGAAUGGAAGAACUCGGCCAUUCAUUGUGUUGUUCAGGUAACAGACUGGUCCCAGUGCUCGCGAAGCUGUGGGCUGGGUGUGUCCUCCCGUGUCACCAAUGACAACAUGCGGUGCAAACUGGUGAAAGAGACACGACUGUGCAUCCUGCGGCCUUGUGGGACGCGGCCGCCCCUCACCAAGAUGGGUAAGAAAUGCUCAAGGACCCACCAGGCAGCACGGCCCAUUCAUCUAUCUUACGGUGGCUGCCGCAGCGUGCAGCCGUACCUGCCAGGAUACUGCGGCGACUGCGCAGACGGCCGCUGCUGCUCCCCCCACCACACGCUCACCCUGCCCGUGCUCUUCGCCUGCGCAGACGGCAAGCGGUUGGAGCAUGACGUCACUUUCGUGCGCUCCUGCAAGUGCUCAGAGACGUGUGACCACCCGAACAGGGCCGGCCCCCUGUCCCGGCGCUGGGUACAUGGGGACACCAAAAGGUUUAGCGACUAGGACCUCCCCACCGAGGUGGCCUGAUCGGACAGCUCAAAAGGAACACAUCUCAGUCCCAAGAUUUGCGAAGAGAAACUAUUGCGUGAUUUUCCCUCUGAUACAGAGAAGUUAGGUCUGGUUCACUGUCGUUUGUCACACUGUGGAUUGAAAUUUCAGACCCGAGUCAGUUUUCCUAUAAGCCUCCCGCUCAUCCGGGACUCUCGGCAUGGGCUGGUCCACGUUGUCGGUGAUCAGAUGGAAAAUUAAGUAGCUAUACACCAUCUAUGCAAGCAGACCUGAUCCACAGAGACCCAGAGGCAUCGGGACACUGUCCGGCUGUCAUCACAUUUCCGUGGCCUUGACAGAAGUUAGAAAAAUCUACAUGGCUUAUGUCCGGACUUAGUUGCAUGUUUGUCACUUAAGAGAAAUGUUGGCAGCACAGAUGAAAUCCCCCAGCAUCUCAGUAAAUUAACAGGAGUAAACCAAGAGACACGUACCAGUGCAUCUGCAGCCGAUUUCGCUCCCCCUUAUGAAUGUGAGUGUGGUCCCAUUACCCUCGGAUUAACUGGCCCUUCGGUCGGAGAGGAAGGGACGUUGUUGACUGAGGCUCUCUGCUUGCCAGGCCGGGAAUUGGGGCUGUUUGCACAGCUGGGCUUCUUUCCUGGCGCGAGCAGUGUGAAAUUUGCCAAGUGUGGUAGAGUCUGGGCUUCUUGUGUCCAAGCGUCCACUGGCCAGGUAGGUCAGGAUGGCCAUGCGUGACCCAAAGAAUGCCCAGAGUUGUUAUGAAAGCAGAUCUGAAGAGCCAGCGUCCGAGGAAAACGUGUCACUUUCCAAUCUGUGGGUGGGCCCCUCUGGACACCAUCCAGCCCACACACCUGCCCAGGCAAGGCCUUUCAGCUUUCAGAUCAAAAUACAAGGCAGCAAAUCACUGCAUUUCAGUAUGUGUUCUUCCUUCGAGAAAUCUAUCGUCUAAUGGUAUAAUUUUACUUUUUCUGAUUAAUUUUGUUGUAAAGGAUCUGGGAUUUUCUUUUGUUUUUUAGAUCUGAGUACUUCUACGGCAGCAUACAGAAUAAGCUUUUAAAAAGACAUCAAUCUCAAUUCUGGAAAAGGUGUUUUUAUAUUUGUCCAGUCAGUAUAUUACUGUCAACUCUUUUAUUCUUUUUCGUCAUUAGGUUUCAAAAAUUAAGCAAUUUGGAGGAUUUGCAUGAUGUCCCUUAACCAGACGUCCCCUGUUUAAUGUCUUGCAUUUUGUAUACUGCUUUUGUGUCUCUCACCAUCUUCAAACACCAUCUUACAACAAUUAACACGCAUCUGUAGUCUAUGCCUCCACACUUCAUACACUGACUGACUGCCAGUCAGUGCUGGGGAAGUUACAAAAGUAUUCCAUUACAGACAGAGGUCCAGAAAGUGCAAAUCCAUGCCAAGGUUUUGUUUCAGCCAAACAGUCGAGUACUGACACUAUCCCGACACACAACAGGCGCAGGACUGAAACCAGUCACUUCAGCGGUUCAGAUUAGUUUUAGAAUGGUGUUUUCCUUCACCCUUGAAAAAACCAGAAUGCAUGUUUGCACACCUAAAAUCCCCAUCUAAAUCUUAACCCUCUGGGGUCUAAGGGUAGGGAACACACUGACUGACUGGGGCAUGGUCACACAUUUCAUCCCAUAUCAAUUUAUUUGCCAUGAACCAAGUUCUUAUAUUUGUUUUGGCAUUAAACUCAUUUUAAUCUUCGUGUACUUUGUAAAUAUGUUAGGUUUAUGUGAAGUUUGUAAAUUGACAUCAAAGUAUAGACAUUGCAAAAUGCAACUUGGAACACUUGCAGAAACAUCAUUAAAAGUACAUAGUAAGCAAAGGUGGAA